CUGUAGCUGCGCCCUUGCGUUUCCCCCAAUUAUGAAAGGCAGCGAGUCAUGGUAGAUCAUAGACUUCUGCGAAGUCUGCUGGUCCCGUACGAGUACUUUGAUAAAGCGAUGCUGUGACGUGUUCCAACCCUUCGCAAGCUGUUAACCUUCACUGCCUACAACCGAUAUAUUGGGGUAAACUUGCUCAACUAGCCACCUAGCACGGUACUUGCAUUCGAGCCGCACUGCAUCUGCACCCAGGGUAUUUGGGCGAACCGACCUGCAGCUGUGUUCCAAUAAAACUCUUUUCCACCUCCGCUACUUUGAAGCACAUUACAAAAGUUCCCUGAUAACCAUUCACAAUGGGCCAACACGCGGUAGACAUCGAGUCCCAGCCACAAACCUUCCAAGCUAAAUGGACCGCCAAUCCCGAUCCCACAGCGCUGCCAUUCCCGCGCGACAACCCGCCCUUCGCACUCACAGCCGUCGACUGGCACCAACUCAGCAUCACCGACGACCAAUUCACCCCGCACACCUGGGAAAACGUCCACCAUCUGAUCAGUACCGGCCAGCUCGACGAGCUCAAGCGCUGGCCCUCCUUCCUCAAAGCGUACCUCGCGUGGACCGCCCACAUAAAGGCCAAAUACGGUAGCGCGACCCAGUACAUCCUGCAGCAGCGCCUCUUCUGGGAGCCGCUCAACACUACUGGCUCUUUCAAGUUUGAGCUCGUCAACGAGACGCCCUUCGCUGACUCUGCGGACUACAAGAUCAUCAAGAAUGACUGGACGUACGCGGUGACAGAAGGAAUCAGUCAUAUCGUAGUGUGGUCGAAGAAGCAGUUACCGGUGGAUGAGGUGGGAGCACUGACUCAUGAGGGAAGGCGUCUUGUGGAGGAGUUUGUGAAGAGGGAGUUUCGGGACAAAGCUGGCGAAGAGGUGGAGGGUACCAAGGUGCAGUGGUUCAAGAAUACGACGAUUUUGCAGAGCGUAAGGGCAUUGGAGCAUAUACAUGUGUUGGUUAGAGAUGUGCACGAGGAGGUGUUGAAGCAGUGGAUGAACUGAGCUCGCUUUCGAUGGCUGGAAUGCGAUCGGAGGUCUUCGACCUAGACAAAUGUUUGGGUACAUUGUGUUACCCCACGAAGAGCAAAGCAGUGUCCAAACUUUCGACCGAGGACAGUAGAGUAUAGAAUACAGAUCAUGACUCUAGAUUAUGCAGUACUCCC